GGUGCCGCAAUGGCGGGCUAUAUCAACUUCCGUGAAAAGAAGAAACAAGACAGAUGGCUUGAAAGUCCAAACUAAGUUGCAACAAAGGGCAAUCUCAUGUCUGUAAAAGAAAAUGAAAUGCAAAUAGAAUGAAAAUUGAACUUUAAGAUGUGAUUAUGUGACCACCACUCAAAAAAACUAAGUAAGAUAUUGUGAACUAGUGUCCAUCCAAUCAUGGCAGCCCAGUAUUCUCGCAGUGUGUUGAAGGUUGCCGUGGCUCAGAUCUGCCAGAACAUGGGUUGGAACUCCAUCCAGUCCAGUCCUCUAGAACUGCUGACAGAUCUGCUGGAGAGACACCUGCUACAAGUGGGAAGAACUACACACAGAUACUCUGAGCAGUUUGGAAGAACAGAACCCAACUUGGAUGACCUUGGCCUUGCAUUCCGUGACCUUGGCAUUGUCCUAGGUGAGCUUGACGAGUAUGUGAACAAUGUGGACCUACCAGUGUUCGCACAUGACAUCCCAGCAUUCCCUGCUCCCAAAGAAAACAGGCUCCAGUUUCCUCCGCGGAAGAGUCAACAAGUGCAGAACAGGGAUGAAGCAAUUGAUGACCACCUGCCGCUGAUGUAUCCUGACAUGGAGGAAUUUGAAGAGCCUGCACAGACCCCCACCAAGAAGGUGCCUCCCCCUGGUGAGCAGAAUGGUGAAGUUUUGCCACCAGAUGGCAGUGCUGGCUCAGACACAUUGAAGAGAAUGUUGACCAGUCCUACUGCAGAACAGCCAGCAAAGAAACAAAGACUGGCAGAUGAAGUGCUUGGUUCUCGAUAUGAAAUAAAAAAUGUCAUCAUGACAGACCAGGGACUCAUUUCUCCUAUGCGGCAUGGAAAACUACCAGAUGCUCGUACCCCACCAGCACCUCAGAAACAACCAAUCAAAUCACAGCCACUGAGAAAAGAAGAGAAAAUGGAGACCACUCCAGAGAAGGCUCCAGCAGAGAAGGUCCAGAAUGAAGUUACCACACCCUCCAAACCUGAAUCCAGUUUAUUGAUGAAACCACUUACUUCCCCAGUGGCACCAUUAGCACCAUCAGCACCACCUGUGGUGGUGACAAAAGCAGCACCACCUUCUCCUGUUCCGACAGCACCACUUCCUUCACCAACACCACCACCACCUAAUGUGCCGAAAUCACCACUCACCCCCAAACCUUCAGAAGUCGUUAAAGCUAUGCUGAGUUCCAAAACUGCUAAGCCUCCAAAGUCUCCAUCUCGAUCAAAAUCUCCCGUGAGGGCUAAAAGUCCAAAGGGAGAAGGUAAAAGUAAAAAGACGACGCCCUCUUCCCCUGGUAGUGCAGCUGCUUCAAAGUCUUCUCAUCUGGCCAAAGCACUUACUGAAUCUACCAAGACAGCACCAAUAGCAAGCAGCUCACCACUGCCCCCUAGGGAUGAUUCACCGGAACCUGAAAUGCUGGUCAUUGAUGAGGAUGUUAACGUUGCAAAAAGAGCACGGCUUCAAAAUUAUGAUGACAGUAUUGAUGCAGCUAUUAAGAGAACAAUGGCGGAAGCCGAUAAAUCUGACCAAUCAGAUCAAGAGACACAACCGCCACCAGUGCCAACAUGGCGGACUUCUGUUGACGAUUCUAUAGAUGCGGUGAUUCGCAGAGCUAAUAUGGAACAUGAACAGGAAGUAGCUAAGAAAGAUAAGGAAAAAGAGAAGGAGAAAUUAAAAGAAAAAGAGAAAGAAAAAGUUAAGGAGAAAGAAAAAGUUACUAAAGAUCCCUAUGCAUUUGAAUUUGAUGAUAAACCAGCUGAGGCCCCCAAGGUUCCUACCCUGACUAUUACAUCUGGAGAAACUGGGACCAAAAUUAAGAAGAAAAAAGACAAAUCUCUGAGCAACAAAGAUAAGGACAAAAGCAAGGAAAAGAAAGAAAAAUCUAAAGACUCAGACAUCAAAAAGAAACUAAAAAAGAAAUUAAAGCAAAAAUCCAGUGGUGUGAAAGAAGACAGUUCUUCAGCAACUCCGGGGUCUCCCCUGACUGGACAGGGACUGGGAAUCAAACUCCCAUUAAAAGAUUUAAUCAGUCGGUCACCUUCUGUCCACUCGUCAUUUUCAUCCUCUCCCAUGAGGUCGCCAUCUUUAGAACCCAGCGUGGUCAAGACUCUGCCGCCUCAACAGCCUCAGGCCUCGGACACAGCAGUCAUGGGUCAAGCGUCUAGCUCAGAGUUUAACUACCCGUCUCCAACCAAACUGACUAUACAGAGGGUCAGCGGGACAGAAGAUUCAACGCUCAAGAUUAAGCCGAUUAAACUGGAGGGUGGGAAAAUAAAGGAUAAAGAGAAGUCACACAAGAAGGAGAAAAAGGACAGGAAAGAUAAGGACAAGAAGAAAAAGAAGAAGAAAGAAAAGGACAAGGACAGAGAUAGAGAGAAGAGUGAAAAGAAAGAAAAGAGAAAAGAAGAAAGGGAGAGAAAGAAGGAUAAAGAAAGGCACAAGGACAAGGAGAAAGAAAAGAGAAAAGAAGAGAAAUCCAGAGAGGAAGAAAAUAAGGGGAAGGAAGAACCUUUUGUGCCAAAACUCAAGUUCAAAUUGGGCGGCUCAACGCCCUCUGUCAGUUCCUCGCCUACGGCAGCUUCACAGUCAGACUCGGCCUCAGAGAUGACAAAGAAAACAUCAUCCUCGCUACGGGAUGAGAUAUUAACAAAACUGGAGAAACCCGAGAUACCAAAACUGGUUAUCAAGCCAAUGCCACCAAGGGAUCAGCCACCCCCUCUGUCAAUACCCUCACCCCCCAGGGCUGCAUCAACCCCCAGAGUGGAUAGACCAGAGCCAAAGGCGGCACCCAUACCCCCACCCCCACCUCUCAAGUCUCCCACCAAGGCUUCUAAGACCCCCACCCCCUUCUCUCCGCCCCGGGUGACCAGAGCCAAAACCCCACCCUCUGCUACCUCUCUGUCCCCCUUCCACUUCUCUCCUGAAUCUUCGCCAUCUCCACCCCCCUCACCCCCCAGAGUGCCCAAGGCCCCCCUCUCACCCCCUGUGGUACCCCCCAUGCCACCCCCUGCCCUCAAGUCAAAAGCAGCUGCCCAGAAAUGUGUUGUUGUCACGGAAACCAUAGGACAGUACCAGUUUGUGGACGAAGCAGGCAAUACCAUCUGGAUUUGCCCCAACUGUAAACUACAAGAUGACGGCAGUCCAAUGAUUGGCUGUGAUGGCUGUGACGAUUGGUAUCACUGGGUCUGUGUGGGUAUCGUCAACCCUCCCAGCGAUGAUGAGCAGUGGUUCUGUAAGAAAUGUAAGGACAAGAAGAAGAAAGGUGGGAAGGGGAAGCGAGGGGGUGGAGGCGGAGGACCAGGGAGGAAGAAGAAGAAAGUGACCUAGUUCCUGCAUUGUGGUACAUGGCACUGGAGGGAGUCAGAAGAUGAGAGAAUAUUCACUCCUUUUGAUUAGUUAUCUUGAGGAAGUUGGGCAGAGAGAACAGGGCCCCGUAUCUCGAAAGCAUCGCGCAAGCGUCUCGAUUCCAUAACUCGCCCAAUCUCGUCCCAUAUAAUACAUUGUAGCCUCUAUUUGAUGUAGCUAUUUGCAAUACGCGAUGCUUUCGAGAUGGGGGGCCCAGGACUGUAAAUACUGUAACUUAUGAGGAGGAUCUUGGUUUUGAGCUUUGAAUUAAUUCAUUAAGACAAAAGUUGAGAUGAUACUACAACAUAACCUUUUUGUCAAAGAUACAAUGACGAGGAUGUGAAUUUGAUAAAAAUAAAAUAUUUACAGAAUAUCAAGCCUAGAUCAUAUUGUAUCUUUGUUGAAGUAAUGAAAGGAUAAUAUAAAGGGAUGCAAGUGAUGAAUUGACAAGAAAGGAUUGAAAAGGAAAUGGUCAAUGUUUAUACAAAUAAAGCUGUCACUAUAGUCCAAGCCUUUUGUGCCAGGAAUGUGCACUCGUCUUGUUACUGCAAUAGCUUUGAAAAGGUGUCUCUUUUUUACUGAAAAUUAGCUGGAGCAAUUUGUCAUGUUAUGAAAAUGAGAGAUAUUUCUUGGUAAUAUUUCUUGGUAUAAUACUUAAAGGAAGUACAUCUACAGGUUUUACUGUAGCCCGAUUUAUUUGUCAUAGCAUAAUGCAGGUCAAGUUUAAGAUUCAGCAAGGUCAGAUUUACAAUUUAAGUUUAUUUGAUUUUAUCAUUUAUUUUUACUGCAUUACAUCCUUGUUUCAAGUUCAUCUUUAGUGUUUUUUGAGGUGACAUUUUGAAGCACAGUUAUCAUGUACCAGCACUGUGUAAUCCAGAUGAAGGACCCAGUAGAAAUUGUAGUGGAAAUGCCCUUCAUUUGUCAGAAGUUAAAAUAUAAAUAUGAUUUCUCUUAACAUGAUAAAUAACCAAUGUCACAUAAAUUUAAGAUGUAAAAAUAUGAUAAAUAAAGAAAUGGCAGUAUUUUCCAUA